GUACCGACAAGUGGGUGAUGGCCGCCUGACGUUUCACUUUCGUUGGAAUUUGCCGAAUUGAUCUCGCGUGCUCGAGAUCACGACGACGGGACGACGAACGGCGUCGGUGAUGAGCGCGCGGCUGCUCCAUUAGAUCCAUUCGAUCCCGAACAAGCGGCACGGCGAGCAACGGCAGCAUUGAUGCCCGAGAGGGACGCGGCCGGCGACAUGAGCAAGACUGGGGAGGGCAAUCUGAGGCAUCUCUAUCAGCAGACGGUGGAGUUCAGCGGACGGGAGGAUCAACAUUCAGUUGAGCUAUGUAGCACAGAUGUGGUCAUCGUUCCUUCCCCCGGGGAUCACGACCAUGGCAGUUCUAAAGUAAAAUUGAAGAACAUCGUUGAUUUCACAUGGGAUCACCAUCUUUACACCGGCCAGUUGUUAGCCGUUCAUGUAUCUGGAAAAUAUUUAGCCUACGGUUUAAAAGUUGGUACCGGUGGUGGGGUAGUUCGUGUUGUGUUCAAGGAAUUAGAACAUAGAGCUCUGCUGCGAGGAAUGCGUGGUACUAUUCAAGAUCUUGCGUUCGCCCAUGUUUCCAAUGCAAUUCUUGCGUGUAUCGAUUAUACAGGAUCGCUUUUUAUACACACGAUUGAACCCACGCCGUCUGAAUUAUUAUGUAGUUUAGUAUUACAAGUGGACGCGGAAGACGUUUCUCCGACCAGUCACCGAGUGAUCUGGUGUCCGUACAUCCCAGAGGAUGUCUCUGGCGAUGCCUCCGACGUGGACGAAGUAUCAAAAUUACUAGUCGUAACUCGUGGCUCCAAAGUUGAAUUGUGGUCGGUUGCGACGAUAGCGUCGAGAUUUAGAUCAGUAGAAGUAACAGAUCCGAGUAUUAAGGAAAGUGGCGGCAUGAUGGAAAUUGAUCAGCACUCGGGAACUAUUGUUGAAGCUACACUUAGUCCGGACGGUACUGCGUUAGCAACUGCUAGUACAGACGGAGAAGUGAAAUUCUUUCAAGUCUUCCUUCAUAGUAAUUCUCAAAACGGCCAAUCGCAACCACGUUGUCUACAUCAAUGGAGACCCCAUGGAGGACGACCCAUUUCCUGCCUAUUUUUCCUCGAUGAUCACAAAAAUUAUCAGCCUGAAGUUCAAUUUUGGAGAUUUGCUGUGACGGGGUGUGACAAUAAUUUAGAACUGAAAGUAUGGUCGUGUGAAUUGUGGACUUGUCUACAAACAAUCAAAUUUGUUGUAAAUCCUUCUACGAGCAAAUUGCCCGUACUGAAAGCGGGAUUAGACCUUAGUGCCGGAUAUCUAUUUCUUUCAGACAUAUAUAAUAAAGUUUUAUAUAUACUGAGUCUUUCGAAAGACAAAGGUGAGGCGCUAGCAUGCAUAAGCACGGUAUCAGAGUUUCUCCUGCCAUAUCCAAUUCUAAGCUUCGGAAUUGUCGACGCUGAUCAACGUAAGAUACGGUCUACUGGCGAAUCGCUGGAAGAUCUAUGCGAAGAGAUUGAAGAGAACGACGAACAACUUGUCAUUUCCAUGUAUUUAGUUCAACCAAAGUCGUUGCAGGAGUGUCAUAUUGCCUUCAAGCCUGCCUCGCAAGCAAGUGGCAACUACCUUAUAGAUACACUUACUCACGAUUCACUGGAUUAUCCCGAGGAUCCAGAUAUGCCAGAUCUGGCAACGGUUACUCACAACGGUAUGUCCGAAGAAAAUUGCGAGGGAGAGCGGUCUUUGUCUACUACAAUCGAGGCGACAAUGAAUCACAACAGUGGUAGCUUAAACCUAAUGACGCCUGAUGCGUUCAGUUCGCCUGCGAAAAAAGAGGGCAACGAAUUGGAGUCUAAUCCCGAAAGUCCAGAUUUGAGGAAAGUCUUGUCCAGCAGUCCUAUUGCGCAAGCGGUACAAGCUUUGAACGCAUCUGACCAGCCGCUCGUGAAAAACGAGAUAGAGGAGCAAGCUCCUGCGAGUUGCGGCAGCAGUCCAUCUAGAGAAGUAAGAGAAAUCAUGUCUCAUACUAAAGCGGACGAGGAGACUGAUAUCGACAAGCCGGAAACGAAAACGAACGCCGAUGAGGAUUGGUCUAAUAUCCCAAUGGUCAUGCUUAAAGACGUUAGUGUGCACACGAUGCAAGAUCCGGUAGAAUUUCCCGAAGACGAUGAGAAUGACGGGCAGAAAACGAAAGAUGAGCCGAAGACGUCGUCCCCUCCCGAUGAACCUGGAACGCCGUGGCGAACGAACAACGACAUCAAUCUCGAACUGAACGACAAGUUGAAAUCUAUUUUAGAUAUAAUUCAGGAUCAGUGUCAAGAGCUGAAAGAAUUGCGCACAGAAGUUACUAGAUUGCGGCAAGAAUCGCCAGUAAGCACGCAAUUAGAAUCCGCAUUGGCGAGAAUGUCUCAACAGCAGAAUGCGAACCUGGAGCAAUCUUUCUACGACCAAAUGAGUCGCCAACAUGAAUUUCUAAAUACAUUCGAGACAACGAUCAAAGACAAGAUCGAAAGUACCCUGCCACGUACAGUUGAAGAGACGAUAAAACCAUUCAAACAUCAAAUAAGAUUAGACGCGAAUCAAAUGGACGAACACUUCCAGAAGAACAUCACUGAAUUAAUAAAGAGUUCGCAUGUGAAGGAUACCUUAUCUAUAACGGCUGCCAAUGCAGUUAAACCAGCUGUGGAAAUUGCUUUUAAGGAAACGUUCACGUCUAUCCUUUUACCUAGUAUGGAGAAAAUCUGCAAAAUUAUGUUUAAGCAAAUCCAGGACGCCUUUGUUAAAGGUACUCAUGAAUAUUUACAACAUGUCGAUACAGUUGUCGAUAAACAGUAUCUAAGUCACAAUGAACAGUUGAGCGAAAUGUUAUCAACGUUGGUACGCGAAGAAAUACAGGCUGAAUUGAGUAGAGUUUUGACGACGAUGCAAGAUGGUACUGUUCGAGCAAUUCGGGAUUCUAUACGAGAAAAUCUGAAUCAACACCUUAUAGAAAUUUCCAGUGCACGAUCGAGAGCUACAACGCCUGCUAUACCUGUAACCGCUGUAGCUGAUGCUCAAGCGCGUGUCACGUCUCUCAUUCAAAAAGGUCAAUUAAACGCCGCUUUUCAACAGGCUCUGAGUGCGAGUGAUUUAGGAUUGGUGGUAUUAGCGUGUGAGAAAACGGAACCUGCGAGAGUAUUUUCGUGUACAGGAGCUCAAGGACAAGUUUCAAGAUGUAUUCUGCAGCAGCCUGUUAUUCUUUCUCUUGUUCAACAGUUAUCUGCUGAUUUAGGCCAUCGUACAGAGUUGAAGCACAAGUGGUUGGAAGAAGCAAUACUAAAUUUGGAUCCAAACGAUCCUGUAACACGGGAACAUAUGGGCACGGUGCUAAUGACUCUACAAAAUCAAUUAGCUGCGUUUGUAGCAAGUAAUCCGAAUCAUCGAUCGACGCGCCGUAUGAAAAUGCUCGCUAUGGCUACACGUUCGCUAUUAACUCAACAUCAUUGACCAUCACGUUUGUGAGAUUAUUUAAAUACAUGGUAUAAGAUUUUUUAUGUUCUGUUUAAAAACUACUUUUCUAAAAGCAAUAUUAACAGAAAUCGUAUUUAAGACUGGCAGUAAUUUUCAUGUAGAAUAUAAAACAGGUAUAGAUAUGUGGGUGAAACCAUUAGCACUCGCAUCACUUUACCAGAAACGUUCAGAUUCUAUUUAAUUUUACUUAAGAAAUACGUAUGUAUUUAAUACGUCAUAGACUUUACUUUUUACGCGUUUCAAUAUUUUAAUGAAAUUUUUAAAAUAAUUUCUACAUACGCUAUAUCUGAUUUAAUUCUAAAAUGAAAAAGAAAAACGUUUUAAGUUGAACAUAAUAUUGAUUUGACGAUAGAUUAAUACUAGAAUGUUCAGUGCUAAUGCUGAAAAAGUUUUUUCGUGUCAUACUGUUAAGUUCUGUAUGAACAGUGUUACAUUCUACACGUGUGACGACUAAAAAUAAAUUUCACUUGUAAGUUAAUAAUAAAAAUUAUAAUAUUUCU